UAGUCAAGUGAAGUCUUUCUUAUUUAGAUUUUCCUGAAGGAACCACCAUGUGAGCCCAUGUGUGGAGCUUUGGUUCUCUUGCAAAAGAUACGUACGUAGUUGGUGUCCAGUCAUCUGCUACAUGGUGGAGAAGUAUUACUGAUUAAGUAGUAGCUUAAUUUACAGGCAGAGAAGAGAUGCAUAGUUUGAAUUGGGGGUCCAGAUGAGAACUGAAAAGGAAACCCUGCCUUAUUGCCUAUAUAUAAGAAGACAAGAGUCUAUGCCUAUGGACAAGUAGAGAGUGAGCUAGGAUGGCAACAUCACCGAUGACGCAGGAGAACCAACACGCGGUUGUUGUCCUGCCUGUCGCCAACGCCACUGAGGGUGGCCUUGUGGAUUCUGCUGGGCGGCCAAAGGAAUCGCAGCACGCUAGGCUGAAAAUCGACAUAGGUGAGAACAGGAGCAUGGUCAUUGAGAUCACCCUUACAGGGAAGCUGGCUCUGCAGUGCCCUGCUGAUGCUGCGCCCUCGGCGGACGCCGCCGCCGCAGCAGCAGCAGCAGCAGAGGGAGUUAAAAACCAGGAGUACAUGGGCCAGAUGCGCGGAUGGCUGAUGACCGUGGGCACCCUGUUCAUCGGCAUGUCGUUUCACGCGGCGAUGCGACCGCCAAGCUGGAUGCCCAAGGAUUGGUACCAAGUGCUGAGGAAGACUAAUUACAUCCGUCUUCCCUGGUCCCAUCUUUCUCCUGCAGAAAUGGCGGCGCCAGAUAACAUCUCAAAGAAACAGGCUGUUCAUGCAUUAAAGUACGUGCUCAUUAACACGACCACUUUCGCCAUAUCACUGGCACUAGUGCUAGCACUGGUGAUAAUGAAAAGGUCGCCACCCACACGUUUCAUAUAUAUGGUGAAGGUGAUGGUGGGGCUCCUCUGCUUCUUCGUCGCCUGGACCUUCGCCAUCGGUAACGCAUACGAUCCAGCCGCUUCAUGGUUGGUCGUUGCUUAUCUUGCGUUGUACGGCUUUUAUACGCUUGUUACCUUCUUCGCCGUGAUGUGGCUUCCCUACCACCUGCUCAGGCCGGCUUUGGAACGGCUUAAGCUUUUGCCCAAGCCUGCUGCCCAGGUAAGCUCUUGAGAGGCCACAGAUUGUGAAAAUAAGCCAGUGAGAUUAGCAACUGUCUGUUUGGAAAGGCUUCCUAUGAAUGAGAGGUCAUUAAUUUUCAGUGAUGAUGAAUGUAAAGUCUAGAGUGACCUCUGGACUCAUGUCGUCUUUGUUAUGUUUGUUAGAUGAAAGUGCCCUGUUUCCAUGUAGAGUUGGCAGCCAUAUCCUCUGGCAGAAUCAAGCUGCGUCGUGAUUGAGUAACAUGUUUGCUCUGUAGUUGCCUGAUAAUGUUUGGUACCUGAAGAAAACAGUUUCUUGAAUCUGAGCUGGUUUCAGUUUCUGUAUUUUCGCAAUUCAAUUUCAGAGCCUAGUUGCAGGAUUCAGGCAAUAACACAGAGAAAAUAGAUACAUCUGGGAGUGAUUUUACAGAGAUAGAUUCAAUUACAGAGAAAAGUUGAGACACAACCAGCACAAGGGGAGGCUAGGAUUUAACCGAAUACAAGGAGAGAUGCCCAGUGCUGCUCCCAAAUCCCAACCCAUUUCAUACAACUGGAGGUAAAAGAAGAUGGUGAAAGUAAAGCUAAAGUGCAGUAAGGUUGUCGUCGAAAAGUUAUCCCCGAUCACAGUGAGAUUGUCUUCCAUUCUUUAACUGUUGAUUCUUACACCUACACAAUAUUGUUGGUUGGUCCUUGCAUGGU